AUGACAGACGAAAAGCCUAAAGAUGAUGAUUUGCCCGUAGCAAAGCACAUCUCUACCGAAGAGGUGCAACCUACUGUGGAAGAGCGUCGUCUGGAGAAGGAGACGCUCUUGAGGCUUGACGUUUUGCUUAUGCCAAUGACCCUGGUACUAUAUUUCCUCGCCUGGCUGGACCGUGCCAAUGUCGGCAACGCACGAAUUGCCGGAAUGGACAAAGAUCUCCACCUGUCGGACUGGGAGUAUAAGUGUGCUAUCACGGUUACCUACAUACCAUACAUCCUCGCCGAGCUCCCUUCCAAUCUCAUCUUGAAGAAAGUCGGACCUCGAAUUCUUCUUCCAACACUAUGCACCAUGUGGGGACUCAUCACAGUUGUCCAAAGCAAGUCACAGACCUUUGGAGGAUUUGUCGCCUGCCGUUUCUUCCUAGGAUUGUUUGAAGGUGGUCUAUUUCCCGGAAUCAUUCUUUAUCUGUCAGGAUUCUACCGGCGUCAUGAGCUGCAGGUCCGCAUUGCGCUCUUCUUCUCCGCGGCAUCCAUGAGUGGCGCAUUCUCCGGUCUGCUGGCAGCUGCUAUCCAGCAGAUGGACGGUAUCCAGAGUCUUCGGGGCUGGCAAUGGAUCUUCAUUCUGGAAGGCCUAUUCACCGUGUGCUUUGGUCUCUUCUCCUUCUUCAUGCUACCGAACGGCCCCGAGACGGCUCUCACUCUUCGCCCAGAGCAUGCCGAGCACUGUAUUUCCCGCAUGCAACUCGACGCAAACCAUUUCGAGACAGAAAAGGUCACCAUCAAGAAAGUUGUCUCAGUACUUCUAGACCUCCACGUCUGGAUCCUGUGCGCCAUCCUCUUCACUAACGGAGUAUGUCUCUUCGGCCUUGCCUAUUUCUCCCCCUCCAUUGUGGAGGCUCUAGGCUACAGCAGCACAACGACCCAACUCAUGACCGUGCCCCCAUACGCCUGCGGGCUUGUCGUCACGAUGAUAGUCGCCUUCAUCGCCGACCGCUACCAGCAGCGCGGGCUCUGCGCACUAGCCACCAGCGUCAUUGCACUCAUCGGCGCAGUCCUCCUCCUCGUCGGACGCAGCAUGGGCAUGCGCUACGCAGCACUAGUCAUCUUCGUGACGGGAAUCUACUCAUGCUCCCCGUGCCUUAUCAGCUGGGUCCCGAACAACAGCGCGGGCUAUAAUCGACGCGCAACCGCUAUCGCGAUGGGGUUCAUAUCCACCAGUAGCGGGGGUAUACUGAGUACAUGGCUCUACCCUAAGAGUUCGGCGCCGUACUACAACCUCGGGGCGCAGUGCAAUCUUGCAUUGGUAGCUAUCAGCAUGGUUCUUAUAAUGGCUCAGAUUAUGCUUCUGCGAACACUGAAUAAGAGGAAGGUGUCUCAUCGGGCGAAGAUUCUGGAGGGGUUGGAGGACUUGUCGUAUGAGGAGCAGCUUGAGCGGUUGGGGGAUCGUCAUCCUAACUACCGCUAUACCUAUUAA